AUGGAGUUGAGCCAGCAGUCUAUUCACGAUGUCAUUCAUCCCACCGCCGCCUUCUCCGAUGUGGCAGCCAAUGUCGCAGCCGCACCAACGGGCCCGCCGCUUCACGUUUCUUGGCUGCAGUCUUCGCUCAAUCCCAAGAAUCGCAUUGACAGCCUGGAUGUACCAGCCCGCCCUCUGUGGCGGAUCGACGGUUGUACGGCCUUUGGUACCCAAAUUUACGCCGUGCCGCUCUUCUUCGACACUAUCCGGCCGUAUCGAGUUGACGUCUUUAUUCCCGAGCCGGCAACCGUUCCUCAGGAUCUCCGCAAGACUCUGGACCUCGACGUGACCUUCUACGUUCGAGAUGGGUCACGCAUUGCCCAGCUGGGCAUCACGCGCCACGUUCUUCGAAUUCUGCAACACUGGACCAAGACCCUGAAGACCCCGUCAGACAUCUACAAAGAUCUGCCUUUUGGCUCCAGAAUCGUCCUGCAUAACUUGCCCAAGAACGUCGCCGAGGCACGCAUCUCCGUCGCCCCGACGCACUACCUGGAACGCCAACUGCUCUCAGCAUCUGCGCUGCAAGAAUUCUGGGGGGACGGCCUGCAUCUACCUGCCACUGUCGACCUCGAAGAUGUGGAAUACCUAUCGCAGCUUCAUGACAGCGUUUGCCUGGUCAAGAUCGACGGUCGAACCUGGAUCUUCAAGGCCCUGACCAGCUACACCAAGUACCUGUACCACGAAUUGAGGCAGCUCUUGGCCAUGCCGCCUCACCCGAAUGUGAUUGCACGCCCGGUCCACCUGGUUACCAAGAGAUGCAGCUUCGGGAACAAGGUUGCCGCCGUUGGAUUUACCGUAGAAAACCACGUCCACGGCAGCUUGCGAGAUCUUAUCCCUUUCCUCCAGGUGCAUGGCAAGGUGUCCCUGGAUGACAAGAUAAAAUGGUCUGUUCAGCUGGCCUCGGCCCUCGUGCAUCUCCGGGAGACGGCGGGCAUAUUCUACCCAGACCUACGGCUCGACAACAUCGUCCUUUCGAAGUCAUGGGACGCUGUUAUGAUCGACUUUGAGCAGCGGGGCGUGUGGUGCGAAUUCGCGGCGCCCGAGGUAAACGCCAUCGAGUACAUCCGGCUCCUGGCCGUGGACGAAGACAUUGACCCGGACAUCCAAGCAAAGUAUUCCGCCAUGCUCGACGAGCUGCUUCCCGGAUGGGAAGACAUGGGCGAGGGCGAGGAGUACAUGUGGCCCUCGAAGGGCUACAACGUCCCGUGGUCGUGCCUCUCGCAGAGGGAACAGGAGGCGUGCGAGGUCUACAUGCUCGGGCGCGUGCUCUGGUGCAUAUUCGAAGCGAGCAGCGCCCCGCAGAGGGCCGCCGUGUGGCUGUCGUACCGCUGGGAGCCCCUCGUCGAGUUCCCCGGCUACACGACCACGCCCCAGCCGAUCCGGGACCUCAUCGACCGCUGCACGCGCGGCCGGCAGCCCGGGCUGACCAAGUACAUCGUCCGGGAGCGCGACCGCCUGGUGAUGCGCGAGCUCGAGAACACGGGCAGGUCCACGGCGCGACAGGUGCAGGAGACGGCGCGCGACUGGUGGGCGGCCGAGAUUGAGGCGUCCGAGACGUGGCUCCGGGCCAGGGCCGAGGGCAUGGCGAAGGGCGACUGGAGCGAGAACUACUACGACCGGCCGAGCUUGCGGGAGGUCUAUCAGGCCCUCGAGGGGUUUCGCGCAAGCAAAGGCACGGGUUCUUGA